UGCGUACCUUUUACAUUCCAGGGGCAGGUUUCUUCAGUACUACUGCGUGCUCUCCUCCACUCAGGCACAAUGAUGAGCAGUGCAGCAGCUACAAGCAAUAUCCAGGAGCUUCUCGAGCUGGAAAAGGAGAUAAGAAGCAAAAUACCGUCCCUUGAUCGAGAUGCCAAGGUCAACCUUCUCAAGUAUCUCCAAGUCCAACGGGUACAAGAGUACCAAGUGGAGUAUGACCGCUUGUACUUCACGCUUAGCCGAGGGGGAAACCUUGAAGGCCUGCGGAGGAAAAACAUGGCCGCGGCUCGAUUGAAGCCCGUGGAACAGCCGAAGAAAUUGGGCCUCCAGGAAUACCUUGCGGAUGCCCAGGAGGCGCAACCGCAUCUGGACAAGCUAAUUGAGGACGUGGUUGCGACUUGCGAUGGUUGCGAGGGUCGAUUUGUUGGCACCAAGUCACCGGAUAGUGUCAUGCGCAAGGCGGAAAGAUUCAACGGGAACGUGGGGAAAAUUGCCGACAUGGCCCGUGCUGCUGUUGUCUGCGGAACACCCGAAGAUCUGGAACGAGCCUACACGGUCAUCAUGGCCCGCCUCAAUCCGCAAGAUGUUCUGAGGGUGAAGAACGGCUUCAGCUCCGACUGGAUGCCUAGCGGCUAUCGGGAUGUGAAAGUGAACCCCGUUGUCUGUGGUCAUCUUUGUGAGAUCCAGUUGCACCUUCGCGAGUUCUUCGAACUGAAGGAUGGCCAACACACGGUGUACGAAUGGGCGCGGGAGCUACGAGUAACUACCGAGACCGAUCCUAGAUACUUGUUCGACGAUCUUUCCAGCGAAACCCUCGAGGAAAUGAUCAGGCUGGCUGAGGUGAAUUGGGCGGGAGCCGAGCACGUCCUCCCAUCCCUGCAGCUCUACAUGGGAAAAUAUGUCGAGGCAGAGGAGGCCUUCAGAAAGCUACUCGCCGGAGCGGAAGAACAGAUGCAAGGAGCGGAGGCCAACAGCGAGGAAUGGAGGAACUCGUUGCUGAAUGAAGCUCAAGCAAGCGCCAAUCUCGGACUCGCUUCACAGCUGCAGGGCCAGUAUUCGAAGGCAGCUCCACUGCUCCAGCGUUCCUUGAAGAUCAGGGAGGAUAUUCUCGGCAAAGAUCAUCCGAAUGUGGCACGAUCGCUACAGGACUACGCAGAUCUCUUGACAGAGCAGGGCAAGUUUGACGAAGCGAUGCCGUUGUUUACAAAGUCGAUGGCAAUCCGCGAAAAGGCACUCGGCCCUGGCCACCCUGAAGUGGGGGCAUCGCUCAUCAGUACGGCGCUCUUGCUUGAUAGCCAGGCUGAGUACGAGAAAGCCUAUGCGCUCCACCGGAAAGCAGUGGACAUUUUCGAAAAUGUUCUCAGCGCAGACCAUCCCUUCGUCGCUGUGGCGCACAUCAACUGCGCGGUGGCGCUUGACAAUCAGGGUAAGUACGAGGAAGCUGACGCCUUGCUUGCUUGCGCGCAAGGCGCUUUGCGAGCUGCUCAUGGGUCCGAACACCCGAUGCUGGUACGCACGGAGAACAUCAGGGCGAGGUUCUUGGCGCGACAGGGCAAGUACGACGAGGCUGAGCAGGUGUAUCGGGAAACGGUGGCGAAGAUGGAGAGUGUCCUCGGGUGUGACCACCCCACUGUGGCGAAAGCCCUCGCGGGUUGGGCGGCAGUAUGUUCGAUCCAGGGAAAGUACGAAGAAGCCGACGGCAUACUGCAGAAGGCGCUGGAGAUAUUCGAGAUGCGUGUCAGCAACAAACACCCGAGUUUCGCUGCUAUUCUCCACAACGUCGCCGAAGUACACGAGCAGCAGGACAACUUCGCGGAAGCUGGGCGUGUUUAUGAGCGGGCGCAAGCCAUCAUGAGUGCUACACUAGGGGAGAGCCACCCUUCGUUUGCACGGACACUCAACAAUCGAGCGAAGUUGCUUCAAAAGCAGGGUCACUACACCGAAGCGAAAAAAUUAAUUCUGAAGUCCGUGGAGAUUUUGGAAGGAGCUCUCGGGCCAAGUCACCCAGAGGUUGCUGAAGGACUCGACAAUCUUGCUGGUGUACUAGGACGCCAGGCAAAUUCUCUGUACCGGCGGGCUCUCCCGAUGCUUGAGAAGGCUUACGGGCCGGACCACGAAAAAGUGACUGCCGCGCUCAACAACUGGGCCUGGCUGCUGACACAGCAGGGUUCAAGCCUGCGUUUGGGAGGGGGGUAG